AUGCCAACGUCUUCCUCACUGCGUCGUCUUCGUGUCAAACCUCGUCGUGUGGCGUUUUCCGGUGCCGAUGUGAUUGAAUUUGACGCAGCACUGGCUCCAGUUGUGCGUUUCUGUGGCGUGUCCUCGAGUUCUGCAGACGCUGCAUUGGAAUGUGAGGCAAGAGGUUUAAACUGCGAGCAGCAGUUGACGUCUCUGUACGUAGAAGAACUGCAGCAGUUUCUACGUCUGCGAGGCUUUGAACCAAUGGGAAAUGAACUUGAGAAGCUGCAAAUGCAGCGUCAAGUCGUCGAGCUGCUUCUUGUCUGGGCUGCAAGCGCCGACGGUGAAGAAAAAAACGCUGAUGUACUGCACCCUGCAACUCUGCGACGUGCGCAGCUGGCAAAGAAACAGCUUGACGGUCUUGUGGACGACGGAUACGCAUUUGGACGUCGAUUUUUGUCUGUAGCUACGUUCGUCGAGACUCUGAGCAGGGAGGAGUUGCUGCAAGAAGCAAAAGAACGAAAAGUAGAGCUGCCAAAACUCGACGAGCAGCAGAGAGCAGCUGUGAAAGUGCUGGAUAGAGAGCUAUUGGGACUCUAUGGGAAGGCACAGGGACGACCACUGAGGUCAAUGACGUUCACACAACUGGUGACGGAAGCAGAGACGCGAGGGAUGCAUGGACCAGGAGACAAGGCCAAGGACAACAAAGGGAAGAAGUGCAAGCGCGCAUGGGUGGACAUGCUACGACCAGUGAUGGCAGCGGAAGUUCGAGCGUCAAAGAUCCGAGAAAAGGAGGAGGAGAUGCUACGAGAAAAGCUCGUGGAAAAGUUGGAGUGUGAUCAAAAGAGGGAGCAGCAGCAGCGUGUUGUACAGCUCAUCGAGGCGAUGAUGCAACGAAAUGCUGAUACGAAUGGCAAUUGUGCUGAACCGGAAGAGGAAAACGCAAUGCUUUGUCAGGAAGACAAAGAAGCAUGCGAUAAGAAGUUCCAAUGGCGUUACAAGACACGUACGUUCUUGACAGCUCUAGCAAAGAGCAUGUGCAUACCCAAUGAGGGGCAAGAAGAUGUUUCUAUGGAAGAAUGA